AUGCCUCCUCCUAAGCACGAAGGAGAGAAGAUCCCAGACAACAACAUCGAUUGGAAAGAGUUUCAUGAAACUCUUCUCUCAUCUCAAGCCGCUAUGCAAGCAUCACAAGCAGCGCUGCAAACUUCCAUUCAAGAGCUGAGUCAAGUGUUGAUCCGACAUCUUGGGGGAGGUAAUCAAGCGCCGCCACCAGCAGCCAUCAUCAACGCACCAGCAAACCAAAACAACCAGCAGGUCAUCGUUGACGGUGGCCAGCAACACAAUCCGCAACAGCAACAACUUCCCUUAGCACUUGAAUACCCGCAGCAACACGAGCUCGCACGUUUCAGACAACAGGAGCAGCGACAACAUGACACACGUUGGGAGACUAGUUUUAAAGUGGACAUACUAGAAUUCGUCGGAGGGAUCCGUGGCGAUUCACUUCUGGAUUGGUUGGUAGCUGUUGAAGAAGUGUUGGAGUUUAAAGGUGUACCAGAUAAUCGGAGGGUUUCACUCGUUGCAACACGUUUUCGGGGACACGCAGCGUCUUGGUGGCAACAACUCAAGUCAUCACGAGCUCGCACCGGGAAAGAACCAAUCCGUUCAUGGGAUAAGCUCAAGAAAAAGUUACGGGACACCUUCCUUCCACACAAUUACGACCGUACUGUGUAUAAUCGUCUACAGAAUUUGCGUCAAGGAGCACGUUCCGUUGAGGAGUAUGCGGAGGAAUUUUACCUCUUGGCCACCCGCAAUGACAUUUAUGACAGCGAAGUUCAAAUGGUUUCACGAUUUAUUGGUGGAUUGAGAUCUCAAAUUCAGAACGCCCUGGCCCAAUUUGACCCAUCCACAGUCGCAGAAGCUCAUAGAAGUGCCUCAUCUUUCGAGCAACAAUUUCGCACAGCCUCAAACUCUUCCUUCUCUCGAUCCCGCAACACAGACCAGAAACCCACCACCACGAGUGUGACAUCGCGCGAUACAACAGAGCAAGGAAAUACGAGUACAACUCACACCACCAAAGAAGCAGAGCCUGCUUUGCGCCGUUCCACUCGUCCUAAUGCUCUAAGGUGUUAUUCCUGCGGAGAACCAGGUCAUCGACAAACCGCCUGCCCCAACCAAGCCCAACGUGGGCUCCUUAUUGAAGAUGGUAAGGUGAUAGACGAAGAUCCUGACUAUGAUUCACUAGAAGAUGAAGGAACAGAACAACCUAUCACGACACAUGCUACUCCAGGUGAUACAUGUCGUGUGCUAGUGUCAUGUUUCUUGUGUUUGACUCCACAACAACGAGAAGAACACUGGCUACGCACCAAUAUUUUUCGUUCGACUUGUACCGUCAAAUGCCGCGUUUGUACCUUUGUCAUCGAUUCGGGAAGCUGUCGUAAUAUUAUUGCGGAGGAAGUAGCCCGCAAGCUAGGCUUGCCUUUUGAAGCACACCCUACAGCCUACUCAAUCACAUGGCUGCAAGAAGGCGUUUCAUUUCGUGUGUCUCAUCGGACCCUUUUUCCUUUCUCUAUAGGCCCAUUCUACAAAGACAGGUUGUAUUUUGACAUCGCACAAAUGAACGUGAGCCACUUAAUUUUGGGGAGGCCAUGGGAAUAUGAUCGCAAAAUCAUUCACGAUGGAGCCGCCAACACCUAUGAGUUCCUUUGGGAAACUCACAAAAUCCUGCUGCUACCAUCAUCGGACACUCCCUUAGUGCCUCACGCAACACCGCCGCCCAAAAAAUCACCACCACCUCCAAAAACACUGACAGCUACGGGUCAUCACCGUGUCACCAUUCUCUGUUCUUUUUCUACUUUUGAAAAGGAAUUACAACAAGAAGGCUUCGCCUUAGCCGUCCUCACUUCGUCACCAAAACCAGCCACUCCGCAAACCCCUAGUUUGUUUGAUGGUGUCCUCACGGAAUUCGCAGACGUGUUCCCUCAUGAACUACCACAAGAAUUGCCUCCUCUCCGUGACAUUCAACACCACAUUGACCUCGUUCCCGGUGCUACACUACCAAAUCGACCUCACUACCGCAUGAGUCCACAAGAACAUGAUGAGCUCUGCCGACAAGUAGAAGAACUUCUUAGCAAGGGCCAUGUACGUGAGAGCCUCAGCCCGUGCGCCGUGCCCGCUCUUCUCAUUCCAAAAAAAGACGGAACAUGGCGUAUGUGCGUUGAUAGCCGUGCCAUCAACAAAAUCACAGUCCGUUACCGCUUUCCUAUUCCUCGGUUAGACGAUCUAUUAGACCAGAUUGGGAAGGCAUCUAUCUUCACUAAGAUCGACUUGAAGAGUGGCUACCAUCAAAUACGGAUUCGUCCUGGGGAUGAAUGGAAGACCGCUUUCAAGACCCGUGAGGGACUGUUUGAAUGGUUGGUAAUGCCGUUUGGACUCUUCAAUGCUCCGAGUACGUUCAUGCGUGUGAUGAAUCAAGCCCUCCGACCGUUCAUUGGAAAAUUCGUCGUCGUGUACUUUGACGACAUACUCAUCUUCAGCUCUUCCGGCGACGAACACGAGACUCACCUCCGAUCCGUUUUAACUGUUCUCCGAAAUGAAAAAUUAUUCGCAGCCCGUCACAAGUGUGAAUUUGGAGUCAAGCAAGUUCUUUUUUUGGGUUACAUUAUUUCUGACAAAGGGUUAUCCGUAGAUGAAUCCAAGAUUGAAGCUGUUCGUUCUUGGCCAGUACCACGCACAGUGACGGAAGUACGCAGUUUUCACGGUCUCGCCUCCUUUUAUCGCCGUUUUGUCCACCAUUUCAGCAGCAUUGUCGCCCCUAUCACGGACUGCAUACGUGAUGGGAAGUUCUCAUGGACACCGGAGGCUGAUGAGGCGUUUACACUCAUCAAACACAAGCUCACGACAGCCCCCAUUUUGGUCCUUCCCGAUUUUUCCUUGACCUUUGAGCUACAUUGUGAUACCUCUAAGCUAGGAAUUGGCGCGGUGCUUAGUCAACAAAGCAGGCCGGUCGCAUAUUACAGCGAAAAAUUAUCGGGAGCACGUGGCCGCUAUAGCACUUACGACGUGGAGUUUUAUGCAAUUGUUCAAGCAAUCAAGCAUUGGAGACAUUAUUUGGUUCACCGCGACUUCGUUCUUUUCACGGAUCAUGAUGCACUGCGUCAUCUUGAUAGUCAAGCGAAGGUUUCAUCAAGACAUGCCUCCUGGAUCGCCUUCCUACAACAAUUCACUUUCUCCUUUGGACUUCGUGGAGGAACUUCAGCAAGUUCAUACGGAAGCUCAAGCCAAUUUGGAGGCUGCGGCGACCAAGACCGCUUUCCUCUCCGUGAAUACAAUAUGCUUAAGUCACAGAAAAUUGGUCCACUUGAAGUGGUGGAACGGAUUAACGCCAACGCGUAUCGUGUCAAGCUUCCUCCUCAUCUGCGAACAUCGGAUGUUUUUAAUGUGAAGUAUUUGUCUCCGUUUCGCGGCGACAACGACGCUCUUGGUUCGUGGUCGAACCCUCUCUCACCCGGAGGGACCUGA